AUGCCUGAAGGUUUCUACUGCAAUAGGUGGCAGGAGCCAGGCAGAGCUGAAGCAGAUUUCGGGCGCUUUGAUGUUAAGACAGUGGUAAGAAACAUCUACAUUCUCUUCUCUGGAACUCAACCACCAACAGCUAGAGAGGACCAAGAGAUCAUGGACUUGGUUGAACCAUCUACUACCCUACCACCAUGGUUCUGGGAAGAAGAUUUUAUAGUCUAUGCAUCCUUGUAUGAGAAGUCUGGAUUUCGUUAUCCAUUGCAGGUUCCAUACAGGACUUUAGGCGUAGAUUGUGGAAUAACUGAUCCAAAAGUUGUAGCACCAACAUUGCUGAUUAUGGGGGAGAAGGACUCUGCGCUUAGCAUCCCAGGUCUUGCAGACUAA